AUGGGACAAUCAAAGACAACAGGAGCUGAGCUCCCUCCCUUAUCCAACGAUAUAACAGCAACAACCCACCGCGAACACGCGCUACCUACAGUCGAAGACCCUCUCCAAGCCAAAAAGUGGAACACUCAUGACGGCGACGCGGCGCUCGCCCUUUUCGAAAACAGCGAUGAACUCCACGAACACGUCAGCUACGAGGAUGAGAAGAAAGUAUUACGCAAGAUCGAUUUCAUGAUUUUACCGUACCUGGCGGUUUGUUAUGCAUUUUUUUAUAUUGAUAAGACGACGCUUAGCUAUGCUGCUAUAUUUGGUAUCCGGAAUGAUCUUCAUCUCGUCGGGACCGAGUACAGUUGGCUGAGUAGUUUGUUUUAUUUUGGGUUCUUGGUCUGGGCUUUUCCCACCAAUUUCUUGUUGCAGAAGUUGCCUAUUGGCAAAUAUCUUGGCUUCAAUAUCUUCAUGUGGGGCGUCUUCCUCAUGCUUCAAGCUGCAUGCCACAACUUCGCUACCCUGGGAGUGCUGCGAGCACUCGCCGGUGCCGCCGAAGCAUGUUCUGAUCCAGGUUUCAUGCUAGUAACCAGUAUGUGGUACACGAGACGAGAGCAACCCGUUCGUAUUGGCCUCUGGUAUACGGCCAAUGGCUUUGGAAUCGCAUUAGGUGGGCUCCUAGGGUAUGGUAUUGGUCAUAUUCGAGGCGCAUUGCCGUCGUGGAAAUAUGAGUUUUUGAUAAUUGGUGCCCUGUGUUCGGCAUGGGGCAUCGUCAUGUUCAUCUUUCUUCCUGACAGCCCAGUAACGGCCAAAGGCUUGACAUUACGAGAACGCCGUAUCGCCGUGGAACGUUUGCGCGAGAAUCAGACUGGUAUUGAAAACAAGCACCUGAAACCAUACCAGAUCCGGGAAGCCUUUACCGACUACAAGCUAUACAUGUUCUUCUUCCUUGGUGUCGUCUGUAACGUCCCCAACGGCGGAAUCUCUAACUUCGGUACCAUCAUCAUCCAAGGCUUCGGCUUCUCAACUCUCGUCACUACACUAAUGCAAAUUCCCUACGGGGUCAUCAUCGCCCUCUCCAUUCUACUCUGCGUCUUCCUAAACGAUCGAUUCGAGAAUAAACGUUGCGUAUUCGUCCUUCUGUUCUUGAUACCUAAUAUCACGGGUGCAUUUGGACUACGAUUUGUCCCUCUUGACCGCAAGAUUGGAAGAUUGCUUUGUUACUAUUUGACGGGACCGUAUAAUGCAGCGUUUGUGUUGGUGCUCAGUAUGCAGAUUGCUAAUACUGCUGGACAUACUAAGAAAGUCGUGACGAAUGCCGUACUAUUCCUCGGAUAUUGCACCGGUAAUAUUGCGGGUCCGUUCUUUUACAAGACUGAUCAAUCACCAACAUACUCCCUCGGCAUCUGGUCCAUGAUCGGCUCUCAUCUCAUCGAAGUCGUGCUGAUCUCAAUUCUUGGCCUUCUCCUACGAUGGGAGAACAAGAAACGUGACAAGAUCCAGUCGGAGAUGGAGGGUGGUCUACAAGGAAGGGAUUUGGAUGCUACUGCCUUUUUGGACUUGACUGAUCGAGAGAACUUGAAUUUCCGAUAUAUUUAUUAA